AUGCGUGAGUUCGCUGAAGCUUACCUUGGUGUAACUAUCAAGAACGCUGUGGUCACUGGUCCAGCUUACUUCAACGACUCUGAGCAUCAAGCUACAAAGGAUGCUGGUGUGAUCGCUGGUUUGAAUGUUAUGCGUAUCAUCAGCAAGCCCACUGCUGCAGCCAUUGCUUAUGGUCUUGAUAAGAAAGCUACCAGUGUUGGAGAGAAGAACGUUUUGAUCUUUGAUCUUGGUGGUGGUACUUUUGAUGUUUCUCUUCUUGCUAUUGAAGAAGGUAUCUUUGAGGUUAAAGCUACUGCUGGUGACACUCAUCUUGGUGGUUAA